AUGUUGGUCUCACUCGUAUUCAUCACAUUCUUCGUCUCCAAUUCGCUUCAAAGAGAGCUCACAGUAGAAGACUUCGCGGCUCAACCGAUACCAAAGUAUGCACAAAAGUUGACUGGAAAAGCGUUAGAGGAAUAUGUCAACAAGAAACAGUCGUUUUUUAAGGUCUGUUUUUCUGUGGUACUUGAUAGUCAAUUAGUUUUUUCCCGGAUAGGCAGAUACGACUACUCAAGGUUUAUCUACAAAUGA